AUGGGAGCCUUCAGUCGACAGAAGUUUUUCCAGGAGCUCGCUCACGGCUGCCUGCUGCCCACAGCUCAGCAAGGCCUGGAGCAGGUAUGGCAGCUGCUGGUUAUCUGCCUGCUGUGUCGGCUUCUCUGGAUGUUGGGUCUCCCCUCUUUUGUGAAACACCUGGGCACGGUGGCUGGAGGUUUCUACACUCUCUACCUGUUCUUUGAGCUCCAUAUGAUCUGGGUGGUCCUCCUCAGCCUUCUCUGCUACCUCUUCCUAUUCCUGUGCCGCCACUCUACUAUCAGGGGCACCUUCCUCUCCAUCACUGUGCUCAUCUACCUGCUCCUGGGAGAGCUGCAUAUGAUGGAUACCACCAACUGGCACAAGAUGAGAGGUUCACAGAUGGUGGUUGCCAUGAAAGCCAUCUCUCUGGCCUUCGAUUUGGACCGAGGUGUUGUGACCAGCGUGCCCUCACCCAUUGAGUUCAUGGGCUAUAUUUACUUUGUGGGCACAGUCAUCUUUGGUCCCUGGAUCAGCUUCAACAGCUACAAAGAAGCUUUAGAAGGCCGUAAGCUGAGCUUUUCGUGGCUUUUUAAAGUGUCUGUUAGCUGGGUAAAGAGCCAGGUCUGCCUUGUUAUUUCCAACUGUGUAGCUCCCUACCUCUUCCCUUAUUUCAUACCUGUCUAUGGAGACAAGCUGCUACGAAGCAAAAAGAGGAGGAAGAUCAGAGGUACACCUGCGAAGUGGUUGCUAGCCUAUGAGAACACCAUGUCUUUCCACUUCAGCAAUUAUUUUGUUGGCUAUUUGAGUGAAACUACGACUACUCUUGCCGGGGCUGGCUUCACUGAAGAGAAGGAAAACCUCAAAUGGGAUAUGACCGUAUCCAAGCCGCUUAAUAUAGAGUUUCCCCGGUCGAUGGUGGAGGUGGUAACAUCGUGGAAUCUGCCCAUGUCUCGCUUCCUGCACACCUAUGUUUUUAAGAGUGCGCUCAAAUUUGGGACAUUCUCCGCCGUUAUGGUGACAUACACAGCUAGUGCCCUUCUGCAUGGUUUAAGUUUUCAUCUGGGUGCAGUGCUAAUAUCUCUGGGGUUCAUCACGUACAUUGAGCACGUGUUGCGGAAGAGGCUUGCAGUCAUUUUCAGUGCCUGCAUACUGUCAAAGAAAUGUCCGCCAAACUGCACUCACCGGAACAAAAAGGAGCUAUGGGUGUAUAUGAUUAACAUAGCGUUCAGUGCUUUGGCAAUACUCCACUUGACGUACCUGGGCUCUGUGUUUAACUCCAGCGUGGACUACAUGGAGGAGGAUGAGGACGAUGUCACCCAUCAUACCAUUCAGAAGUGGUCAGAGCUGAGCUGGACGAGCCACUGGGUCACGUUUGGAUGCUGGAUUUUGUACCGCCUCAUUCUCUAAUGAUAAGAGACAGAGAAGGAGCGAAGGAAGCAAUAAUGAGAGUUGUAAAGCCGGUUCUCCACUCCUGCCUGCACUGUGACUUUCUCCUGACCGAAGAGAACAGCAUCAACCCGUGUACAACAAUAACCUGAACGCCGCGUGUCGGCUGAGUAAUCUGCUCUCCUAACCUGCUGAGGACUAGUUUUGAUAUCCAUGAAAUGACAGCCCGCUCCUCCCUUUUCUUUUCUUCCGUAUCGCAUCCUUUUUAUCUGAGCCGCAGUUGUCGAGCCCUCAUGUUGUGACAGCAGUAACCGAUGUCUCACUGUGAGUCGCAAUCGAUACCUAUCAGCAUGGUGGAGAUCGGCUGCUCCUUUCUUCGGACACAUGAUAGAGCCCAUUAUCUAGGUUUCAGCGUCGACCGUGGCAGAUGUCCUCCAGAUGUGAUGUCCCUUCACCUCAAGUGUUUUACAAUCGUAAUUUUAGAUUUGAGCGAUAACACUGGCGACGUCCUGUAGUCUUCGUGUAGCCUGCAAAUCCCAUGAAAUUACCGAAAUCAAUAAUGCGGUCUCUUAGUACGUUCUGAUUUCCCCAGACUGUUCAGUUCAACCUUAUUGGUUGAAUUCCUGAAUCAGCUGUGGACUGUAGUUCUAACAGGCAUAACUAGUGCAUUUGUGGGGAACUAAUUUCAAUUUAAUAUACUUAAUAACAGUCAGUGCUUGUUUGGAGCAUCGCAUUAUUGUUAGUUCUUGUCUUUUCAUGAGCUUUGUUGGCAAUAAGGAAUAUAUAGAGCAUCCCCAGAUGUAUCCAUUCCCAGAGCUUGUCUUUCGAGCAUGUGUAAGAAAACAAGAGUUUACCUUUGAAUGAAAAGAGCACAGGUUAUGGUUAUGAGGCAGCAAUUUUAUCGUCACUGGUAAUGAUUUCCCCUUUAGUGAGUUUUAGAUAAAGAAAAUGAGUCAGUAGGUCGAUGAAUUAAUUUUUUUCGUGGUUGACUUUUUUGAUGGUGUUUGUAUUAUGUUUUGUGUUACACUGAUCAUUUAAAUUUAAUUAUUUGCCUUUGCUUAGAGAGGGUCUAGUAACACUCUUCAGUAUCUUCAGAACUGAAAAUAAAAGUUUAGAAUCAGGGUAUUACACGUUUAUGUAUUGCUAUAGAGGAAAAAUGUUCAAACUUCUCUUUCAUUUUCAUAUUACAGAUUCAAAAUAAAAUUAUACGGUACACUAUAUUAAAUAUUUAUCCUUAAGUACAGAUUUUUAUGACACAGCUGCUUUUAAUGAUGCAUUUAUGUAAUUAACGAUUACCUGAUGAAAGAACGUGAGUGUCUGUAUCAGAUUGUGAUCACUUUCUGUCUGUAUCUUUCUUAAAUCUAGAACGCGAAAGCAUUUGAUUCUUGACUGAGACAUAGUGUUAGUUUAGAGCCUGAAUGUUCGUUCAUGCCUGAGAACAAGUGCUCAGUCUCUGCAGACCUAAUACCACUCAACCCAACAAGGAUUUUAAAUACUCUUCUGAUAUUUACUUUAGGUAAAACGUUUUGUCCCUGUAAAUGUGAAGGCACUAAUACACCUGUGAUAUUUUUAUAAAAUUUUAC